AUGGGGAAUCCCACUAAUAUCUUGGAUUUGCCAUUGGAGAUAUUGGAUCUAAUUUUCAAUAAGCUUAGCUUUGGAAAUAAGUUAAAACUAGGCCAAGCUGAUAACAUUUUGGGAGAGGCAUUUGUCUAUCACCAUAGAAACGAAUAUAAGAAGAUUUCCUCUCGGAUCUUACCACUUGAGAAUUGGUCAGACUUCCUGUCGAUUUGUGGACCUAUUGUUGAGGAAGUCGACGUUGAUGGCCUAGAGAUUCAAUACUUCAAAUUAAUCGAGCAACAUUGCUGCAAUCUUAAAAUCAUAAGCAAGCUCUAUAUGAAAGAUUUCAAAUGCUCUGCGACCAGAAGUUUGUUCCGCGGUGCUAAAAGUCUUACGUCUCUGGAAACAAAGAUAACUAGUGAUACCACCGCAAAAGUAAUUCACGUUCUGCAAGAAGCUACAAAUUUCAAAAUAUUAAAUAUAACAUAUUUCGGGGAAGGCCAAGAUGAUAGUUCAUCGGGAGUUACACAAAGAGCAUCGAGCUUAGACCUGGCUAAGAUACACAAAUUGGUCCAUUUAGAAGAGUUGACCAUAAGUUCGGAUCCUUUCGAGGGGUCUUUUAACAUUAUGCAUCUCCCAUCCCAGUUAAAGAUGCUUCGUUUCUUAACAUUUAGUAAUAUAAAAGUUAACUCAUUAAUUGAGGAAGUGGAUUUGACUUGUCCCGCCUUAGAAGAGCUUAAUAUUUAUAGUUCACAAAUUGAAUUUCAGUUGCCAUUUUGUCCAAAGCUUCGUUCUCUGAAAAUAAUAACCUCCAAAUAUUCUUCGAAUAACCUGAAAUGGUUGUCAAAACACAUAGUAAAUUUGGAAACGCUUCAAGCUGAUAGUAAAAUAUUCCAAAAAAAUAUUUUGCUUAGUAUAUUUUCAUCAAAAAACUUUAAAGAAUGGGAGUUUCCCAAAAUGGAACAAUUAACUAUUAACGCCUCCGAAAUUAAGUUUCCCCUACCAUUUUGUCCAAGACUGAAAUCAUUGAAGCUGUCCUCGACUAGCUUUUUCUCAAUGAACUUUUUCUUUAAAUGGAUUUCUAAGCAUGAAAGUACAUUAGAAGAAUUAGAAAUAACCUUCGAGUUAUUUAAGGCAAAUUGUCGUUUGACUAAACUUUCAAAUAUUCAAUCUCAAAAAUGGACACUACCUUCGUUGAAAAAACUCCAAAUUUCCCAUCACCUAAUUUCUUACGAUUUACCAUAUUGUCCAAAUCUUCAAAAUUUAAACCUUGAGUAUGCUUCAUGUCAAUCAAUGGAUUAUUUUUACACGUGGAUUGGUAAACACACAAACAGUUUGGAAUGCCUUCAAUUAACAGAAAAUCUAUUUGAAGAAACGAAAUUUUUAGAAAUUCUCCCAAGAUGUCAAAAAAUUACAAAAUUUUACAUUUCAACCUUUCCAAAAAAAAUUUCAUUUGGAUUUCUCAAAUCAUUCAUUAACAUACUAAAAAACAAUGGAUUUUCCUCAAUUAAUCCAUUUGAAAUUAGAGUUCCGUCAAAUGAAUUUCAGCAUAUAAAACCUAGCUGUAUUACCAAAUUGCGAUCUUUGUAA